AUGUUCCCAUUUCAGGCGGUCCAAGUGGACAGGGUGGAGCAACUGGUGCAACAGGUACAGCCGUGCCAGGAGGGGCCGGAGGGGCACUCGGGGGAGCAACAGUUCCCGCUGGCAACGGAAGCGCCGCAGUCAAUGGAUCAACAGCUGGAUCAGGUCCUACUGGAACAGGUGGACCUGGUGAUGGCGUUGGAGGGGGUCCCGGCGAUGUUGGCGGAGGGAUCGAGGGAUCCGGAGGCUCACUGGGAGGAGGCCCAGGAGAUGGUACGCCUGAACUCAUGUGUGACCGGUGGUGCCAUUGAUGGAGACGGAGAUGGCUUGGUUGUCGGGAUCACAGGAACUGGCAUACCAAUCCUUGCCGGCGGAAAGCCAGACAAGGGGGCACCUGUGCUCGGAGGAACGCAGAUUCCAGCUGGAACUGGUGUUGGAGCACCAUCUGGAGGUGGCAGUGGCACUGGUUUUGGGAUUGGGCUGGGUUUUGGUGCCGGUGCCGGCAUAGGCUCUGGUACCGGUAUUGGCAUUGGGAUUGGCAUUGGUUCCGGCAGCGGCUCUGGGAAAGGAGUGGGUAUUGGUGUUGGUGUUGGUGUCGGUGGCGGAGGCAAGUCCCCCAAUCCCACCUUGGCAGCGGGAGAAGUUAAUGGAAGCUUACCAGGAGCCAAGCCACUCAAGCCUCCAGGUAUUGGUGGAGGCGUGGUGGCCGGACGAGGGGAUACUCCAGCAACUCUAGGGGAAGGACCUGGUGGAGCAGGAGGAGUAGGGCCUGGGGGAGCCGGUACUGGCCCAGGAGGAGUUGGUACAGGCCCGGGAGGAGUAGGUACUGGCCCGGGAGGAGUAGGUACUGGCCCGGGAGGAGUUGGUACAGGCCCGGGAGGAGUAGGCGGAGGUCCAGGAGGAGUUGGUGGAGGCCCGGGUGGUAUUGGUUCCAGCACAGGUCCCACUACAGGAAAACCUCCCAAAGCGUACGGGGGUACGGGGGGCACUGGUCUCCUUGGUACCGGAGGAGUCGGUGGAACCGGAACUGGAACCGGAACUGGUGGCCCAGGUGGAACAUCUGGAGUGACAGCAGGAACCGGCCUGGUGCCUGGAGCAGGAGGGCUCGGAACCAGAAAACCUGGCAAAUCCUACGGAGCAGGAGGCGCUCUGGGAGCAGGAGGACUCCAACCAGGAAGUGGUUUACGGUACCCAACGGGAGCAGGCAUGGGAAAGCCAAGCAAAGCUUAUGGAGCAGGCGGUCUAGGUGGCCCAGGGGGCUAUGGUGCACAGCCAGGUGGUGGUUACGGUGCAGGACCUGGAGGCUAUGGCACUGGACCUGGAGGCUAUGGCACUGGACCUGGAGGCUAUGGCACUGGACCUGGAGGCUAUGGUGCAGGACCUGGAGGUGUUGGUGCUGGAGUUGGACCAGGUGGUGUUGGUACUGGACCCGGUGGUGCUGGUGCUGGUGCUGGCCCAGGAGGUUAUGGCACUGGACCUGGUGGUUAUGGUGCUAGACCAGGUGGUUUUGGUACUGGACCCGGAGGUGCUGGUACUGGACCAGGUGGUGUUGGUACUGGACCAGGUGGAGUCGGUGCCGGACCAGGAGGAGUCGGGUAUGGCACUGGGCAGGGAGGCUAUGGUGCUGGACCUGGGGGAUAUGGAGCUGGACCUGGCGGUUAUGGCCCAGGAGGAAGGAAACCACCCAAAAGCUACGGAGGUGCUGGACCAGGUGGGGUUGGCGGAGGUCCAGGCGGAUAUGGUGGAGCACUUGGGGGAGUCGGAGGUGGCCCCGGCGGAGUUGGCACAGGUCCUGGGGGAGUUGGUGCUGGUCCAGGCGGAUAUGGAACAGGUCCUGGCGGAGUUGGUGGAGGCCCAGGCGGAUAUGGAACAGGUCCUGGCGGAGUUGGAGGAGGUCCUGGUGGAUAUGGAACAGGUCCUGGCGGAGUUGGAGGAGGUCCUGGUGGAUAUGGAACAGGUCCUGGCGGAGUUGGAGGAGGUCCUGGUGGAUAUGGAACAGGUCCUGGAGGUGUUGGUGGAGGACCUGGUGGAGCAGGAGUGGGUCCAGGUGGUGCAGGGGCUGGAGGUUUAGGAUAUGGGCCAGGUGGAGUUAAACCCCCUAAAAGUUAUGGUGCUGGAAGAGGAGGUGCUGGAGGUCUUGGAGGAGGCCCUGGAGGAGUGGGUGGAGGUCUUGGAGGAGGCCCUGGAGGAGUGGGAGGAGGUCUGGGAGGAGGUCUUGGAGGAGUGGGUGGAGGUCUUGGAGGAGGUCUCGGUGGAGGUCCAGGAGGUGUUGGAGCAGGCCGGGGAGGAGUAGGAGGUGGACCUGGAGGAGUAGGCGGGGGUGGAGGAGGACUCAGGUACCCAGGAUUGGGAGCAGGGGCUAGCAAGCCUGGGAAAUCAGGAUAUGGAGCUGGUGCCCUUGGAGGUCAGGGCUAUCAACCAGGAGCUGGUGGACCUGGAUAUGGUGGUUAUCAGCCCUACCCAGGUUACGGUGGAGCAGGAGGAGCUGGAGGAGUUGGAGCUGGAGCUGGAGCUGGGCCAGGAGCAGGAGGACAAGCCCCUCUCACUCCUCAGAAGUCUAAAGCAGCCAAAUAUGCCAAAUAUGCCGCCCUCCAAGGAUUCCUUGGAGCAGGUGGUUAUAGAGGAGGUGCCUUGCGGAGGAGAAGGAAGUGAGGGCCUCACGGAGGGAAGUGACCUCAUAAACAACGUGGUGCUACUGCAUGAUCGAGAAUGUACUUCUUACAGCUCGGCCCGAGAGAUCCCGUUCAUGUGCAAAACGUCUUUUCUGUCAUUGAUCCUCUUAUCCUUUAUGUUUAUAUUGUGAGAUUUCUACAAACAAACAGCUGCCUUGAUAUUGAACACGCCAAAUGUGCACACUGACCAUUGUGGCUACCCAAGUAUUGUAAAUGUGGCCUUAUAAAAUGCUGGUUGGUUAUCACUUCAUUUGCGCCCGUUACGUAGGGAUUUGUGCUGUUGUACUGUGCUUACAGGUAUCACUUCACUGUUUUGUGUCUUGGGUGGACUCUGCUUAUCUGUGAAUUGCAUCAUUUAUGAGGGACAUACUAAGUAACACUUGUAAGAUCAACUGUCUUUCUCACAAUUGUCUGACAGUCAGUGACAAGACAUUUAAGUGCUAAGCAGAACCUGAAAUGUCAGUUCCUUUUUUCUCUCUUUUUUUCUGGCUGAGUCUUUUAACGUUUAAUUUACAAACUUACACGUCAGGACGUAUGUCGUCAAGGGACUUGUCGCUGCUAUUCAGGGAUCCUCUGAUGCCAGAGGUUACAGCAUUGCCAGGCUGAGAAAAGUGACAAAUCUUUUGAGAUACCUCUGAGAUUCUAUUGUUCCCUAGCUACAUCUUCACCGGUGCCAUGCAAACGUAUGGGAGUGGGAUGAUUAGCUCAUGAAUCCAAGCUUUUGAAGUCUAAGCUAACAAUGAUCCUCUGUGCAUGUACAUUUGUGAUGCAAGAAAAACAACAACAUUCUUUUACUCAUACUUUUGAUAUUACUACUAGUUUCUCACUCAAGCUUUCUAAAGUGAUUUCCACGUGUUUUCUUUUUGUUUAUUUUAAAUUAUGAGAUAUGAUAAUUGGAUGUGUUCUAUUAUUUUUCCUUUUUUUAUGUGUGAGUGUGAGUUUGUAUCUUCAUUAAACAUUGUUGUUGUUACAGUUUAACACUAUAAGACUUUUCUACAUGAUGUCUGAGAGAACAGAAACUAUGUGAUCGUUGUGUCUUCAGAAUUGCAAUUUAAUUGCAUAUAUGACCCGAAUUAAGUGGUCAAUGAGUGUUGUCCAUUAUUUACAGGUUCGGCCUGUUUAAUGUUUACUCUUUUAGUAUUCACUGGUUCGUCAACAUUAGUCCAACAGAUAUCAAUGUUUGUCUUGAAAAUGUGUUUUUCUUUGUCUGUAAAGGGGAUUAAUGCACUAUUUCAUGAUGCAUAGCUACCUGUCUACUACAGGUAUAGGCCUAACCCCAGGCGUGAUAACUUCUAUCAUUAAAAGCAAUACAAUUUGACAGAAACUUGCAGAUAGUGUGGCUUUCU